AUGUCCAGUACUGAAUCAAGGCCUACGGCCUCUGCUGCGUUUCUGUCAAACAUUAUUGGCCAGUCUGUGGUGGUGAAACUGCAUAAUGGCAUGCUGUAUCAAGGUGUACUAGAAUCGAUCGACGGAUUUAUGAACAUUGCCCUCAACCAAGCCACAGAGCACUAUGAAACCGACGAAAACGGACUCCUGCAUAGAUAUGAUGGCGACGUGUUUGUCAGAGGAACUCAAGUUCUGUAUAUCAGCGAAGCUUGA